UGUUCCUGGAAUGGGCCAGGAGGGAGGAGGAGGAGCAAGCGGAAGAGGGAAGGUGUGUCCCUGGCUGACCGGCUCAGGGCCGGCAAGGAGAGAAGACAUCCCCUCCAGUGGCCAGUUGGGGUGCCAGUUCUGGGACAGUGGCUACAGCCCAGCAUGGCAGGCCCUGUGCAGCGGGAGCUGGUGUACCUGGUCACAGGUGGUUGUGGCUUCCUGGGGGAGCACGUGGUGCGGAUGCUGCUGCAGCGGGAGCCCCGGCUCCAGGAGCUGCGGGUCUUUGACCUGCACCUGGGCCCCUGGCUGGAGGAGCUGAAGACAGGGCCUGUGCAGGUGACCGCCAUCCAGGGGGAUGUGACCCAAGCCCACGAGGUGGCAGCAGCUGCGGCUGGAGCCCAUGUGGUCAUCCACACAGCUGGGUUGGUGGACGUGUUUGGAAGGGCCAGUCCCCAGACCAUCCACGAUGUCAACGUGCAGGGGACACGGAACGUGAUUGAGGCAUGUGUGCAGACGGGAACACAGUUCCUGGUCUACACCAGCAGCAUGGAAGUCGUGGGGCCCAACGUCAAAGGUCACCCCUUCUACAGGGGUAAUGAAGACACCCCAUAUGAAGAAGUGCACACGCACCCCUACCCUUGCAGCAAGGCCCUAGCUGAGCGGCUGGUCCUAGAAGCCAAUGGAAGAAAGGUCCGUGGGGGGCUGCCGCUGGUGACAUGUGCCCUGCGCCCCACAGGCAUCUACGGUGAAGGCCACCAGAUCAUGAGGGACUUCUACCGCCAGGGCCUGCGUCUGGGGGGUCGGCUCUUCCGGGCCAUCCCAGCCUCCGUGGAGCAUGGCAGGGUCUAUGUGGGCAACGUCGCCUGGAUGCAUGUGCUGGUGGCCCGGGAGCUGGAGCAGCGGGCGGCACUGAUGGGUGGCCAGGUGUACUUCUGCUAUGACGAAUCGCCCUACAAGAGCUACGAGGAUUUCAACAUGGAGUUCCUGGGCCCCUGUGGGCUGCGGCUGGUGGGCAGCCGCCCGCUCGUGCCCUACUGCCUGCUGGUGCUCCUGGCUGCCCUCAACGUCCUCCUGCAGUGGCUGCUGAGGCCGCUGCUGCUCUAUGCGCCCCUACUCAACCCCUAUACACUAGCCAUGGCCAACACCACCUUCACUGUCAGCACUGACAAGGCACGGCGCCAUUUUGGCUAUGAGCCCCUGUUCUCUUGGGAGGACAGCCGGACUCGCACCAUUCGCUGGGUGCAGGCGGUGGAGGGGACAGCCCAGUGAUGGCGUGGCCAGGCCAGGAGGCCCGGGAAGGCACGUCCCUCCGGGUUUGAGCUCUCAAAGCCCAGACGGAGAGGGAGGGGAGCGUUCUAGAGCCGACGCAGGAGUUCAGAGUGGAACCGGCCGCCCCGGAGCUCUCCUGAUGUAAAUCCAUGAGCCUGAGUCCGCGUCUGAUGCGCCCUUGGAUGAGGGUUUGGGGCAGGGGCGUCUUCACUCUCAAUCCUGGUUGAUGGGGGUCGGGCUCCCCCGACCUUCCCACCUGCCUGUCCCACCACUGGCUUAGCGAGCAGAAGUGGGCAGGGGCCUCCUGACGUCCGGGCGUGACCCUCAGGCCUGGAUUCUGAGGGAAAGCUUCACCUUUGUCCCUCCUGGGGGCUCAGAUACCCAUUAUUUAAAAAAAUCUGUCACCUUUAGACAUUUAUCUUUUAAUUCCCCUCCAUGGAAGCUGAGGAAAUCAAAGCAAUUUCGCUUCUUCCCACCUCUGCACCCAAACUCAGCCUCUGCGACUUUGCCGGAUCUGUCUGUAGCUGCCUUCUUCGUGAUGUGACUGGCCAAGCCCUGGAUUAAAGCCCCUUGGUCCAA